AUGUCAUUACUAACAUACAUUGCAAGCUCUAUUUUUGAGAUAGUGCCACUUGUAAACCAAGAUGAUGAGAUUCUUGAUGGAAACAUACUGAAGUUGAACUUUCCGGUGAAUUACAAUUUAAACAAUGAGAUUUUUAAGGUUGUGCUAACUAAUAGAAGAAAGUCUGGUCGAUCGUUAGUAUAUAGAUUCAAAAUUGACUCCAAAAAGCAUGAAUAUGAGGUUAUAAAUGAAAAAUCACUGUCGGAAAACGCUGAAGAUGAAGAGCUUUUAAAAGAUUUAACAACAUUUAAUUUAACAACCAGUGAUAAAGAAAAACUAGCAAGAGAACAAGUAGAAUUGCCUUUUAUGCAAGCACAGGAAGCUUUAGGGUCUGCAGGAGGGGCAAUUGUGUAUGAAUUUGAAAAAGACGAUGAUUAUGAUGAAGAAGACCCUUACGAAGACCCAUUUUAA